UGUGCCCCCUUGGAGCAGCUCGAGACCAACAACAUGAGCAGCUCGGUGACAUCCGAAGAAGUGACGCUCAAGCCGUGACGUGACCUUUGUUGUUUAGACCUCUCCUCAUCAUCAUCAACAACAACAACAACAACAUCAACAUCAACAGCCUGGCUGUGCCCGCUGCGCGCGCACUGCGGCGCUUUGAAACCUCGGAACAACAGGGAGCUCGGGGCGCGCGGCCGCUCCUCCUCUGGCCCGCCGUGGCAGGAAUGAUGCUCGCGCUCACCUUCACCUGCCGCGCGCUGCUCGUCUUCCUGCUCUCGGAGUCGGUUCGGACCGACAGAACAGCGCCUUUCCUGAUCUCAGAGAACAUGUGGCCUCGCGGUUGUGUCCUGGACUGCCAGAGGGGGCGCAAUAGAGCUGUGUGUGGUAGCAACGGCAGGCUGUAUAAAUCGCUGUGUGCCUUCCAGAGGGCACAAUGCAUCAACACACAGCUCCGCCUCGUCCCGCGAGCACACUGCUCAGAUCCUAGUCAGUCCAAAUGCCAGCUGGCCCGGACUCAGGCCCUGGAGCCCAGUGCUCACAACAGUGGAAGCCAUGUUAGCCUAGCUGCUGCUGUCUUUGUGCCAGAGUGCCACCCGGACGGUCACUUCCUGCCAGUGCAGUGCCACAGCCAGACCGGAUACUGCUGGUGCUCCACGCCUGAUGGCAAACCUGUCAGCGGCACCUCAGUCCUCCAUCUGACUCCCAACUGCACUGAUCACAUCACCAAAUUGGCUCAGAUUAUGGAUGCAGAUUCAGCUCCAAUCCAAGAUGGAGUUGGUGAACCGGAGCCUACACUGAACCCCAGAAAACCUGCAGAGCUGACAGCUCCUCCGUUAUGGGUGACCAUCCUUUUGAACUCUGACCCCAAAGGAAACCGCUCAGUCAGACGACCCACCGACAGUCCUCAGACUUGUGAGCGGGAGCGAGCGUCGCUGCUCUCUCACAUGCGUUCACCCUGGAAGGAAGAGCGUUUCAUCCCAGAAUGCACUGCAGACGGCCGCUACAACCCUGUGCAGUGUCACACUGCUACAGGUUACUGCUGGUGUGUCAGGGUGGACAGUGGCAGGCCGCUACCAGGCACCUCUGCAAGGAAUCACAUCCCAGACUGCACUGGGGCAGAGGAGGUGCCAACCGACAGGAGGUACAGGGACAAACCUCUGCCAGGGUGUCCUGGAGCUCGUAAGAAGCAGUUCCUACAGAGUCUGGUUAGAGCUUUGCAGCUGGAAGCACAGCAUGCUGGAAGUCUGAGUCCCCACCAGCCCUCAAACACACCUCCUUUCAGCGCUCCUUCCCCAUCUUUCAUCACUCCAACCUCCACCACUCCUUCCUCCUCGACCCUGGACGUUGCUUCUCCUGCCGCUCCAGAGGCCGUGGAAUCCUCCAGGCCAGCGGCGGUGCUGCAGUGGCACUUUGGGCACCUGGACAUGGACUCCAGCGGAGUGCUAAGCGAACGCGAGGCUCGACCCCUUCGUCAGUUCCUGCGACGGAGGCUGAAGCCGCGACGAUGCGCCAAGAAGUUCGCUCAGUACUGUGACAGGGACGGAGACAGAGGCCUGACGCUGGAGGAGCUCAGGGUCUGCCUGGGCCUCUGAGGGAGCAACGAGACAAAUGACCCGAUUCUAAAGGCCAACUGGUUCCCUCCCGUCACCUUUCACGGUUCUAUUAAUUCAUCCAUAAAAUCAUGGCUGUGUCAUUGCUCACAAUUUCAUCCAAUGCUGAUUAAAAGACAAACAUAAAUACUGCCUCUAGUCCUCACUGUCACUAAAGCUAUUUUUCCUUUUCUUAUCUAUUCCCCCGCCAGUCCCAGUAGUUCCACACACACACACAUACAUUUUGUAAUUACCAUGGAAAGAUUUAAGCUUCCUUUGGUAUUAUUAUUUUUAUUUAAAUAAUAUUUUUAUUGGGAUUUUCCAUAAUACAGUGCAGAAAACAGACACAUAUCAGAAAACAGAAAACGGGGCCUGAUAAUAAUUAGUCACACUGCUGCAUCAUGAGAGAGGCAGACGGCACACAGUAGAUUGUGUUGCUGGUCAGGUGCAGCGUCAUAUUGAGCGAGAUGAUCCAGAAAUGGCUGCAAUAUAUCAGAAACUGUAUUAAGACUGUGCAUCACGCCAUAUCGAUUCCUCUGGCAUUAUUAAUGUUGUAAUAAACCGGAGUAUUUUUUCUACUGUCUUACUGACACUGAUGAUGCAUCCUUUUUCGCUGACUCGACAUUUCACUCAAUUCCUUCCUCUCCAUAAUUUACACGGCUGUCUCUGAAUCCUUUCCUCAUUCCCUUUCCUUCCUUUGUGUUUACCCUCUUUUCCUAACAUCCUCUACAUCCUUGCAUCUUUUUGAUUUAUCCCUUUCACCUUCUGUGAACUCUUCUCUCCUUGGUCCUUCCUUUCCUUUGAGUCCUCACUCCUUCUCUAGUUUGCUUGAAUCCUCAGGUCUUUCCUUUGUUCCAUCCCUAAUUCACUUCUCCUGUCCUUAAAGGUCCAGUGUGUAGGAUUUAGAACCGCAAACGCCCCUAUCCAGAGGCAGUGUUUGGCUUGUCCCUUCUGGGCUACUGUAGAAACACGCAGGUUCCAAAUAACGAACUCCGUGGGAGGUGACCUGUGGCAUCUGUAGAUGUAAACAAUGAUUUACUAUAUUCAGGUGAUUGCACACUAAUAUAAACAUACUUAUGAAUAUUAUAUUCACACUGGACCUUUAAUCUCUUUGCUCUCAGUCCUGGUGACUUUUCCUUUCCAAACAUCCUUACCUUCUUCCCUCCACUUCUCUCUCUGCUUUCUUUAUGCUUUGCUUCUCCAUAUUUUAUAAACAUGUUGCCAAUAUAUUGAUGUAACAUAUUUUGAUACACAUUUUGCUUGAUAAUUUUUCAUGCAGUAUAUUAGACGAUAUUCAGUCUGCAGCACUAAAUUGUUUGCUAAUUGAUGCCAUGACUGAUUUUCAUGUGAUUCUCUGAUGUUUGCAAACGUGAUUUCAAUAAAAGGGUG